AUGCCCUCCUCCUCCUCCUCCUCCUCCACCUCCGCUGACGACGAGGGCACCCGCGGCAAGCGCAAGAGGGGCUCGCCGGGCGCAUGCGCAUCCGAAGACGGCAACCAGCAGGGCCCGUCGUCCAAGUGGCGGACGCCGCGCGCGCAGCAGGCCUACUCCUCCAAGCUCAUCCAGGCGCUGCGCCUCGUGCGCACCGGCGGCACACCCACCUGCUCCGCCUCCGCCCCGGCGGUGCGCGACGCGGCCUACCGCGCGCUGGCCGUCACGGCGCGGGGCCGCUCGCGCUGGAGCCGCGCCAUCCUGGCACGCAGCCGCCGGUGCCGGGCGCUCCAACGCGCGCGCCGGCCGCCGCCGCCGCCGAGGCCCCGUCGGCGGUAUCAGCAGCAGCAGGACGGCGAGGAGCGGCCGCUGGGCGGGCUGGCUGGUAGGGCCAAGGUGCUGGGGCGGCUGGUGCCCGGGUGCCGGAGCCUGUCGCUGCCCGCGCUCCUGGCCGAGGUGUCCGACUACAUUGCCGCGCUGGAGAUGCAGGUGCGCGCCAUGGGCCAGCUCACGCACGACCUCGCGGCGUCGGCGUCGGCAUCGUCUUCUUCCGCGCCGACGGCGGCGCCAUCGAUUGCUCCGCCCUAG